UCCGGCGGAGCGGCGAGGCGGGUGCGGCGGCGGCGGCGGCGGCGGAGGCGAUGCUGCUGACGGUGUUCUGCCUGCGGCGGGACCGCUCCGAGCUGACCUUCUCGCUGCAGGUGGACGCCGACUUCGAGCUCCAGAACUUCCGGGCCCUCUGCGCCCUCGAGUCCGGCGUCCCCGCCUCCGAGAGCCAGAUCAUCUUCGCCGAGCAGCCGCUCACCGACAACCACCGGUCGUUGGCAUCGUAUGGCCUGAAGGACGGAGAUGUGGUGAUCCUGCAGCAAGUAGAGAAUGGGCAGGCACAGUCCCAGGCCCCCUUUCCUGGAAUGCCCAGGAUAGAUUUCAGCAGCAUCGCCGUGCCGGGGACGUCAACCCAGUUCUCCCAGGCUGUACAGCCGCCUCCCCCGGUCCCGGUCCCGGCCCCACCAGCUCCCUCACAGGCCCCGGCCCCGCCAGCCCUUCCCGACCCGCCGUCCAUCCCUCAGGGCCUGGACAACCCUGCCCUCCUGCGAGCCAUGUUGCUGGCGAACCCCCACGAGCUGUCCUUGCUGAAGGAACGCAACCCGCCUCUGGCCGAGGCGCUCCUCAGCGGAGACCUGGAGAAAUUCACUCAAGUCCUGGUGGAGCAGCAGCAGGACCGGGUGCGCCGGGAGCAGGAGAGGAUACGCCUCUUUUCCGCCGACCCUUUUGACCUGGAAGCUCAGGCCAAGAUCGAGGAGGACAUUAGGCAGCAGAACAUCGAGGAGAACAUGACCAUCGCAAUGGAAGAGGCUCCUGAGAGCUUUGGCCAGGUGGUGAUGCUGUACAUCAACUGCAAGGUCAACGGCCACCCCGUGAAGGCCUUCGUGGACUCAGGUGCCCAGAUGACCAUCAUGAGCCAGGCGUGUGCUGAGCGUUGCAACAUCAUGCGACUGGUGGACCGACGCUGGGCCGGCAUCGCCCGGGGCGUGGGCACCCAGCGCAUCAUUGGCAGGGUGCACCUGGCUCAGGUGCAGAUUGAAGGGGAUUUCCUCCCGUGCUCCUUCUCCAUCCUGGAGGAGCAGCCCAUGGACAUGCUGCUGGGCCUGGACAUGCUGAAGAGGCACCAGUGCUCCAUCGACCUGAAGAACAACAUGUUGGUGAUCGGCACCACCGGCUCGCAGACGGCCUUUCUGCCCGAGGGCGAGCUUCCUGAGUGCGCCAAGCUGGCUUACGGGCCGGGCCGGGAGGACAUGCGACCCGACGAGCUGGCCGAUCAAGAGCUGGCCGAAGCCCUUCAGAAGUCUGCCGAGGAAGCAGAGAAUAGAGAUACAGAAACUACCUCACUCGAAGCUCCGUCGCAACCGACUCCGGACAGCUUUAAACUUCCGGUUUGUUUUCCAGAACUUGGUCUGAAGAUCGCCGACAGUCCCGCAAGCCGAUCGCUCGAUCGCUCAGCCUCCGAUCCGGCCGUCUGCUCUCCCCUCAGUAGCCGGAAAGAGCCCGAAUGUCCCAGAGCGGCUGGGAAAUCCCUGGAUUCUCUGCUGGGGCCCUGGGGAGGGUCAGGGGGCAAGGAGCCCCCGGCCUCCCCACUGAAGCUGGGGGGCUCAACGACCCCCCAAAAGGUACAUGCUGCUUCCAGCUGCCUGCCGGAGGAGGCCGCUCCUGGCCGCCAGCCUCAGGAGGUGGCGGGAGAAAACAGCCCAUCCCAAGAGAUGACCGAGCCCGACGCCCCCCUGCGGCUAGAGCCCACAGAGCUUCCUCCGGAUUUCCGGAGGGACAGCAGGACCCCCGGGGAGGAGCCCCCUUUGGGGGAAUGGAGGGAGCCUCAGUGCGUGGGGGACGUUUCCUCACCGCUGGCCGCUGCCGUUGAGGAAGAGGAGAUUUCCCGAGGGGCCGGAGAGAGGCCGGAGGGGAGCCCAGCCCAGCCGCCAGGAGAUGACCGCUUGCUUGAAGGCCCCCCUGCCCCAGAGGCUUCGGACCCACACCUCCUCGAGUCCGCCGACGUGAGCCCCCCAGGCCCCGGGACGGAGCUGGGCUUGCACAAAUGCCGCAGCCUUCCCCUGCCCCUCAGUCUCCCCACGGCGAGUGGCUCGACCCCGCCUGGGAAUGCCGCCGCUAGCCGGCCCAAGGAUCAAGAGGAAGAGGCGGGCAUCUCCCUCGCCUCGGCCCUGAAGGAGCUGCACCGGCUCCUGGUGGUGAGUUCUAGGCACGGCUUCCGAAGAGAGGGCGCUCAGCAGGCAGAGAGCUGCCCCUCGCGGGAGGCUCCUCCGGAAGAGUCCGCUGCGGCCGAGGAGGCCUUGCCCUCCCGAGAGCAGCAAGCGAGGCAGGACCCGGCCCUCUCCCGCCCAGCCCCCUGCUUGGAGGCCGGGAUAGAGAUGCUGGAGGAGCCCCGCUUAGCUGGCGGGCAGCAGGAAGUUGCUCAGGGGGCCUCCGGCUGCGGCGACGCUGUCCCGGCAAGUCCUUUGGUGGCCUGGCCUCCACCGCAGGCCGAGGAGUGCCUGAGAAAUCCGGCCCAGCUCUUACUACCCUCUGGGCAGCACGACUCCUGGGCAGACCAGGGCAGCGGCAGCCCUUCCCCGGAGGAAGGGGGAGACUCCAGCGAGCACCCUGAGGCCGAGCCAGAGCCCUCGUCCUUCCCCGGGGCUUUGGAGCCCCGAUCUCCUCCGGCCCUCACCUCAAACCUCGAUCAGAUUGUGGGGGCUGGCUUUACACCCCAAGAAGCUGGAGAAGCUCUGGAGCAUGCGGGGGGCAACGCCGACCUGGCCCUGCUGAUCUUACUAGCCAGGAACAUCGUGGUUCCCACGUAGCCGAGGUUGCCUUUCUUGGAAGAGUCUCUGUCCGUCCGUCCGUCCGUCCUGUCCCCCGGUGGCUGGGUUUGAUCCAGCUGUACCUUUUUAAAAUUUUGUUGUAUUUUAAGAGAGCGGAGAAAAGAAAAAAAAAAAACAGCCCUUCUUUUCAACCAGGACCAUCCCCCUAUUUUCCCCUGGUUGAAUUUGGGGCCGUUU